AUGGAAACGCUCGACUAUCAGCUGAAAUGGGCGCAACAUCAAUGCAAUUUAAACAGCAAUAUUGCAUCGUUAUAUCGCAACAGCAAGUACGCGGAUGUGAUGUUGUUGUGCGAAGAACAGUCAAUUCCGUGCCAUAAAAUUGUCUUGAGCUCAACAUCGAUGUAUUUCGCGUCAAUUUUCGAAAAAUUGCCCCAAAUGUCUGUCAUGCCAAUCAUCUACAUUGUCCUUCCGCCCGAUUUGACGUACCAGGCGAUGAAAAUUCUCAUCCAUUACAUGUAUCGCGGCGAGUCUCGUGUCUCCAACGACAUUCUGAAGGAAGUUCUUCAUGCGGGCGAUGUCCUAAAAGUGCGUGGAUUGUAUCGCGGAGACUCUGCAGGCAAAGAAAACAAAGCAGAAAAGCCUAAAAUUUUGUGUCCUUCGACGUCGCAUCAUCCAACGUCAAAUAUUCCGCAGCAAAUUCACGCUGAGGCACCGCAAAAAGUCGUUUCUGUCAUCAGCAGUGUGGCGCCAACGCCUUCGCAUGUCCCGCAAAAAGACACUUUUCACAAAGUCCCAUGUGCAACGCGUCGCCCAAGCAUCGAGCAACAUACAUCAACAAAAAUUUCCGUUCCAAAAACGCAUGUGACGCACCAACAAUCGCAUCUCGUGAACUUCCUGACGACAAUUAAGGAGGAGCCUGUUGAAUGGAGUGACGAAUUCACGAAAACAGCUGAAAAAAUCAAAUGUCAUCGCGGCAUGUACAUCAAAACGGAAGAAAUUCCUCCCCAAGGAACACAUUUCCAAAAAUUAUCUUGCGAAAUCUGCAAAGAAGAUUUUAUUUUGCCCGCGGAUUGGGUACGACACGUUAAAAGACACGCAGAAACGAAUAUCCCAACACGAAAAAGACGACGAACGGAAGAUUUGGAUCUCGAUGAUGAAAAUACGGCUUCUUUGCGAUGCGAUUUGUGUGCUACUUACUUCAUAACGCCGGGCGAAUGGGUCAAACAUGUUCAAUCGAGACACACGGAAAUGGAAUUGGCAGUCGAAAAUGAGAAAUUGUCGCAUACAGCAAGCACGUCGUCAUCUUCCGAGGAAACGGGACGAUGAUAAAGCG